AUGGAAACUCAACACCAACAACCCUCCACCAAGUCUAGGUUCAGACGCAUCUGUGUUUACUGCGGUAGCAGCCCUGGCAAAAGCCCCAGCUACCAGCUCGCUGCUGUUCAACUAGGAAAACAACUGGUGGAGAGGAAGAUUGACUUGGUUUAUGGAGGAGGAAGCAUAGGAUUGAUGGGGCUAAUCUCACAAGUUGUAUACGAUGGUGGACGCCACGUGUUAGGGGUCAUUCCAAAGACACUUAAUGCAAGAGAGAUCACCGGAGAGAGUGUCGGAGAAGUGAGAGCCGUAUCGGGCAUGCACCAACGCAAGGCAGAGAUGGCCCGACAAGCCGAUGCAUUCAUUGCACUGCCAGGUGGAUAUGGCACCCUUGAAGAACUGUUGGAAAUUAUCACCUGGGCUCAGCUAGGUAUCCAUGAUAAACCGGUGGGGUUGCUGAACGUGGAUGGGUACUACAACUCGCUGCUGGCAUUCAUGGACAAAGCUGUGGACGAAGGUUUCGUAACACCUGCUGCCCGUCACAUUAUUGUUUCUGCCCAAACUGCCCAAGACCUCAUGUGCAAACUUGAGGAAUAUGUCCCCGAGCACUCUGGCGUGGCCCCCAAGCUAAGUUGGGAGAUGGAGCAACAGUUAGUUAACACUGCAAAGUCAGACAUAUCCCGUUGA